UAAUAAUUAAAAACUGAGUCUGAAAACAUUUCAAAAAAGUAUUAUGAAAUAUAGUAUAUUAAUUAAUUUCUAUUUCAUGUCACCGUUUAAAUUUUCAUCCGGUAAUAAUAAUAGUAAAUUCCACGCAAAAUAUUAUUUAUACACGGUCCAGUCACCGAUCGCAAUAAUGUAACGUAUAUAAAUUAAAUAUUUUACAAUAACAAUUUUUAGACAAACCAUAAAUAUUGCCGGUUGUGAUAUCAUGAAUAGUUUUUUUUUUUUUAUAAAAUAUUUUUUACUUGCACACAUUAGCGUUAUUAGUCCACUUCGAUUACUAUAGUGUCUAUUGAUUUCAAUUAAAUAUUGUUGUUGGUAUUUGGAAAAUGAGUCCUGAAAAAAAAGCAUGGAUUAAACCUUUUUUCCAAGAAAAAAACACAGUUAUACCCAAACCAACUGUUGCCAAGAAAGCUAAAACCGGCGUAAAUGCUAAAAGACAAUGUUCGAAAAAAAACGUUUGUAAGUCCACCUGGUGUGAAAAAUAUGCUCCGCAGACAAUUGGUAAUUUAGCCGUGCACUCUGGUAAAAUUAAAGAAGUAAAACAGUGGUUUGAUAGCGUAAAAAAUUCAGUUUGUAAUAAAUUUUUACUCGUCACUGGUCCUUCAGGAUGUGCCAAAGCGACAACAGUUCGUUUAAUCGCUAAACAAUGUGGAUUCAUGUGUCUAGAAUGGGUUACGCCAAUGUCGUGCGGAGCUAUUUACGACCAGUGUAGCGACGGUUAUUAUCAAGAAAAUAUACAGGAUAAAUUUCAAGACUUCAUAUGGGGCGCCACUAGGUACAGAAGUUUGAAAUGCAGCGAUUCCAACGGACAGUUUCUGUUGGUUAAAGAUCUCCCGAAUAUAUUUUUAGAUAAACCCGAGGAAUUUAAAGACAUCAUGUCAAGGUUUAAUUCUGCUUCGAAAUUCCCAAUUGUGUUUGUCAUAAAUAAUGAAAAAGUUAUAAGAGAUCUUUUCCCCGGAGAUGUAGUAGAUAGAUUAAAAAUAAGACAAAUCAAGUUUAAUUCCAUUACUAGAAAAUCAGUUUUGUCCGUCCUUGGGCAAAUAGUUAAAGCCGAACAGCAACACAACAAACUUAUAAGAAUACCCAGUUCAUCGGAAUUGAACAAUAUAUAUGACGAAACUAAUGGCGACUUAAGGUCAUCUAUCAUAAAUUUAAGUUUUGUUUGUAUGAAUGUUCAAAACAAAGUCAUCAAGAGUUCUUCCAACUCCAAGGAUGAAAACCUCGAUCUAUUUCAUUCUAUCGGACGUGUCAUAUACCCAAAAAAAGAAACGAUUGAUUCUCCUCUCAAAUUCAAAUUUACCCACAAUCCAGAUUAUAUUGCCGAAAAUUUUGCCAUGCAGCCUACAACAGUUUUAGGUUUUCUACAAGAAAACUAUUUAUCUCGUUUUUCAAGUUUAAGCGACGUUUGCGAAGGAGCGGAUGCAAUAAGCGCUGCUGAUGUCAUCAUGAGUUCAAAUUUCAUGUUUGGUGUAUCGUUAUAUGAAAUAAGUUUGUCAUCACUUUCAGUAGCUGUUAGAGGACUGAUGUUGGCUAAUAAAAAACCCGUCAAGUCUUUUAGAUCGAUUGUGAAACCAAAACAUUUUCAGUACAACAAUCAAGUAGAAAUCUACAAAAAUGUCAGACAAUGGUUUCGAGACGUACACGAAUCACCUAAAGAUAUAUUAUUGGAUAUCGUUCCAUUUGUAAAAGAAUUAGGAACUGAUGAACAAAAAUUAUUUGCUAACGAAAUGUGGAAUUUUAAAAGAAAAAAAUAAGUAAUUAAUAUUACUUAUUUAAAAACUAUACAUAUUUGUUUUUUUUUUUUUCAAUUUUCUUGGUAAUUGUGUUUGUUGUGUACAGCAAUACAUUAAUAUAUAACGUUUGUAAUUUAUUGUGAUUUCUAAUAUGUACUUCUUUAAAAAGUAUUUAAUUGUUAAAAUUAUAAAAAUAUUCGCAAAUACUUAUUAAACUUUUAAUGGA